AUGCAAACUAAGCGAGAAUUAGAUAAGGCGAUCUGUAAGAAAGCAUUUGAUAAAAUCACGUUGGAAAUGCCAUUGAGUGAUACCAUAAACGUUUCGUCUUCAAUAAAGAAAUAUGUAAAUGAUAUGGUAUCCAACAGCUUCUCAGCUACUGAACACAGCGUCAUGAUGGUUUCAGAGGAAGUAAGUGCAAUAAUCCAAGGCGAAACCCCGGUUAAGAGACCUGACCCGGGCAGUUUUGUUCUAGAUUGCAAUAUACGACACAAGAGCUUUCCUCGAUCCCUCUGUGAUUUAGGUUCCAGCAUGAACCUUGUCCAGCAUUCUGCCGCGAUAUCCCUGGGGAGAUCAUUCCUAGCUACAGCUGGUGCGAUCAUCGAUGUCAAGGAAGGUAGGAUAUGUCUAAACAUUGGAAACAUUCCGAUGACAUUCGACAUGGAAAAGCUGAUUAGACGACCUUUGAUCGAUAAACAAACUUCAUACGUUGAUGAUAUCUCUGAGUUGGCUGGAGAAUCUUUCAUAGAUUUGUGCUCAGAUGGUCCCCUAGAGAAAGUACUUACGUCCAGUGAAGAAGCGACAUUUAGUGUUGACAGCAGAGCUGAGGAAUACACACGAUUGAUGGACGCAAGUGUGGAAGUAGAAAAUUUUGAUGACAUAGAGGAUAACGCUUCGGUAAUCAACGUUGAUCGAUAUUUGAAAAAAUCAGUCGAUCAACAACCAUCUUCUUUAGAAGAUUGGGAUCCCGAAAAAGCACCAAAGAUUGAGUUAAAGCAACUACCUGCUGGACUCAAAUAUGCUUAUCUCUAUAAAGAUUCAUACCCCGUAAUCGUGAACGCCAACCUUACCAACGGAGAACUGAUCUGUGCAUGCACCGGAUUCACCUAG